GUGAGUACCAUCGAGACCCAGAGCAGCAGUUCGGAAGAGAUAGUGCCCAGCCCCCCCUCGCCACCACCUCUGCCCCGCAUCUACAAGCCCUGCUUCGUCUGUCAGGACAAGUCAUCGGGCUACCACUAUGGGGUCAGCGCCUGUGAGGGCUGCAAGGGCUUCUUCCGACGCAGCAUCCAAAAGAACAUGGUGUAUACGUGUCACCGGGACAAGAAUUGCAUCAUCAACAAGGUGACCCGGAACCGCUGCCAGUACUGCCGGCUGCAGAAAUGCUUCGAAGUGGGCAUGUCCAAGGAGUCGGUACGAAACGAUCGAAACAAAAAGAAGAAAGAGACGCCCAAGGCCGAGUGCUCAGAGAGCUGCACGCUGACCCCGGAGGUGGGGGAGCUCAUCGAGAAGGUGCGCAAGGCUCACCAGGAGACCUUCCCGGCCCUCUGCCAGCUGGGCAAGUACACUACGAACAACAGCUCAGAACAGCGCGUCUCUCUGGACAUUGACCUCUGGGACAAGUUCAGUGAACUCUCCACCAAGUGCAUCAUUAAGACGGUGGAGUUCGCCAAGCAGCUUCCCGGCUUCACCACCCUCACCAUUGCUGACCAGAUCACCCUCCUCAAGGCAGCCUGUCUGGAUAUCCUGAUUCUGCGAAUCUGCACGCGGUACAGACCUGAACAAGACACAAUGACCUUCUCAGACGGGCUGACCCUGAACCGGACGCAGAUGCACAAUGCUGGCUUUGGCCCUCUCACCGACUUGGUUUUUGCCUUCGCCAACCAGCUGCUGCCCCUGGAGAUGGACGAUGCAGAGACUGGAUUGCUCAGUGCCAUCUGCCUCAUCUGUGGAGACCGGCAGGACCUGGAGCAGCCAGACAAGGUGGACAUGCUGCAGGAGCCGCUGCUGGAGGCACUGAAGGUCUACGUCCGGAAACGGAGGCCCAGCCGUCCCCACAUGUUCCCCAAGAUGCUGAUGAAGAUCACGGAUCUUCGGAGCAUCAGCGCCAAGGGAGCGGAGCGAGUGAUCACCCUGAAGAUGGAGAUUCCCGGCUCCAUGCCACCUCUUAUCCAGGAAAUGCUGGAAAACUCUGAGGGCUUGGACACUCUAAGUGGACAGUCGGGGGGCGGAGCCCGAGAUGGGGGUGGCCUGGCCCCCCCUCCGGGUAGCUGUAGCCCCAGCCUCAGCCCCAGCUCCCACAGAAGCAGCCCUGCCACCCAGUCCCCAUGACCCCCACAUGGACGAUCCUCAACCCUGCCCUGGCUUUCUCUGCCUUCCUACUGGCCACAUGACCCAUCAGCCCUGCCCCGCCUCUUCCUCCCAGACAGAACUGGGAACCUUCUGCGGGGACAGGAGGGAGGAGGCAGUGACUCUGUGGACAGAGGCCUGGACCCAAGAUGGACUGCCCUCUUCCAGCAGCCUGGGCUGGCAUCAGGGGCCAGGCGUUGAGCCAUGUGAGGACCUGGGCCUUAGCCCCAACGCACCUUGCCACGUCUUCAUCACCAGCAAACGCCGAGACCUGGCUUCCUGUCCUCCGAACUCAAGCCAUCGCUCCCCCGUUGGGGAACUUCCCCCUGCUUCAGAUGGUGACAGAGGGGGGUGUCCAGGGUGGGGGAGAUCCCCUGUACAUAUCCUGCGUACCAACCCCCCAGAUAUUAAUUCUCGCUGGUUUCGUUUUUAUUUUAAUUUUUUUGUUUUGAUUUUUUUAAUAAGAAUUUUCAUU